GCCAGACACUCCGAGCAGACGCGCAACACGCAGCUCCAUGGAUGUCUAACAAUGCCACACAGCGGGAUCCUGUUUACUGUUGUGCUGCUGACUGCGUACCAACCAGGCUGGGCGGGGCCAGUGAUUUCUCCGAGGGGGGGGCAGCUGGUGGUCCCCCUAAACGCCCCGGUGAGGCUGAGUUGCCAUGGUGACCGGCUGCGCUGGUUCCGAGAGGACCGGCCCAGGAGGAGACUGAAGGCUGAGGAGGGGCAAGAUGGCGUCUCCUACCUGAACAUCGCCAAGGCCCAGUCACAUGACAUGGGCCGAUACGUCUGCCGCAGUGACAGCUCCGGCCUGCACAGCGACAUCUAUAUCUACGUGAAAGACCCGGAGAACGUGUUUAAGAAGGUGAUGGUGCCGGACAUCCUGGGCAAGGAGGGGGAGAGCUGCACCAUCCCCUGCCUGGUGACGGACCCACGCGUGGAGGCCCUGCGUCUGGAGACCUGCACGGGCCACGCCCUGCCCGACGGCCUGCAGUACAGCGUCAGCCCACAGCUGGGCGCCACCAUCAGCAACACGCGCAGGGCCUUCCAGGGCUGCUACACCUGCACCGGGAGCCUGGACGGCCGCCCCGUGAGGUCUGCUGACUUCACCCUGACCAUCCGAUUGGCCCCCGAGCGGCUGCCCGUGCUCUCUCUGUCCGACAGCCGGAUCAUCCUCACCAGAGGAGAGGAGCUGACCGUCACCUGCAGCACCACCAACGUCAACGACGACUUCGACAUCACCUGGAUCUCACCUGGAGACACGCAACCAUUGUUGGAGAAGUGGACGCAAAUACUGACGGAGCCCAUCCUCUACGUGAAGAGCGUGUCUCUGCACCUGCCCUCUGUGGCAGUGGAAGACUCCGGAUCCUAUCAAUGCCGGGCAUGGAACGAGAGGGGGGCCGCAAGUGCCUCCGCCCUGCUGGACGUUUAUGAGGAAGGCUUUGUGACUCUGGAGGAGGGGGGGAACAGCACAGUGCAGGUCCCAGCGGGACAGUCUCUGUCUCUGCGCGUGGAGCUCCAGGCGUACCCCGCCCCCUCCACCCUGUCCUGGGCCUACAUGGGGAUCGCCCUCCACAACACCUCCGACCACCUCAUCACCUCCCAGCGCCUGGGCUACAGGUACAGCAGUGAGCUACGAUUGGUGCGUCUGAAAGCUUCAGAGGGCGGAGUCUACACCUUCUCUGCUUCCAAUGGAAACGCUUCAACCAACCAGUCCUUUGCUGUCCAUGUCAUCAGUAAGCCGCUGAUCGUUUCUCAUGACGGUCCUGUGGACGGACAGGUGCGUUGUGUUGCAGAGGGAUACCCAGCCCCUGAGAUCACCUGGUUCUACUGUGACCAACCCCACACCAGGUGUUCUCACCUGCUGAACGCCACACAGCAGCAGGCUGUCUCCACGGUGACGGUGAUGCGGCCGGCGUUCGGCAGGCGGGCGGUGGAGAGCCGGGUGAACAUCAGCACUGACGCCUUCCACACACUGGAGUGCGUGGCCACUGUGGAGGGAGAGCAAGCCUACACUCUCUUCACCAUCGGUGAGCGCAGGGUCCCACACCAGCUCUUCCGGCCGCUGCUGAUCGGCUUUGUCUCGGCCGCGGCUCUGCUGGCCGCCAUCCUGGCACUGCUCUUCUACAAAUACCUGCAGAAACCCAAGUAUCAGAUCCAGUGGAAGGUGAUUGAGGGUAUCCAUGGCAACAGUUAUGUCUACAUUGACCCCGCCCAGCUGCCGUAUGACCAUCAGUGGGAGUUUCCCCGAGACAAACUGCGCUUCGGGAAAACGCUGGGAUCCGGAGCGUUCGGGAAGGUGGUGGAGGCUACGGCCUACGGAAUGUCCAAGGCAGACUCCGUGAUGACUGUGGCUGUGAAAAUGCUGAAACCCAGCGCUCACGCUACAGAGAAGGAGGCCUUGAUGUCAGAGCUGAAGGUGCUCAGUUACCUGGGAAACCACAUGAACAUAGUCAACCUGCUGGGAGCCUGCACUGUCGGAGGCCCCACGCUGGUGAUCACAGAGUACUGCUGUUUUGGGGACUUGCUGAACUUUGUGAGGAGGAAGAGAGACGCAUUCCUGUUCUCCAAACUGGGGGAGGAGCAGUAUUACAAGAACAUCCUGAUUCAGAGGGAGGGCAGCAGUGAUGAGAACUGGAACGGCUACAUGGCCAUGAAGCCCUCCUCCCACCCCCCCCCACCGCAAGGCCCCCCCCCGGAGAAGCCCCGCAAGGCCCGGAAAGGAGGCUGUGGUGACAGGUACAUCCUGAGUGAAGCUCCUGAGGAAGAUGUGAUGUCCCUGGAGACAGAGGACCUGCUCAGUUUCUCCUACCAAGUCGCCAAGGGCAUGGACUUCCUGGCCUCCAAAAACUGCAUCCACAGAGAUCUGGCUGCCAGAAACAUUCUCCUGACUCAGGGACGAGUGGCCAAGAUCUGUGACUUCGGCCUGGCCCGGGACAUCACCACCGACUCCAACUACGUAGUGAAAGGCAAUGCCCGUCUUCCUGUGAAGUGGAUGUCUCCGGAGAGCAUCUUUGAGUGUGUGUACACGCUGGAGAGCGACGCAUGGUCCUACGGGAUCCUGCUGUGGGAGAUCUUCUCUCUCGGAAGCAGCCCAUACCCAGGGAUACCUGUAGACUCCAACUUCUACAAGAUGAUCAAGGAUGGAUACAGGAUGAGCCAGCCGGAGUUUGCACCCAGUGAGAUGUAUGACGUCAUGACAUCAUGCUGGGAGGCGGAGCCUCUGAGGAGGCCUGGGUUCGGGAAGAUUGUGGAGCAGAUUGAGACACAGCUCUCAGACAGCACGAAACACAUUUACCUGAACUUCAGCAGCAGGUUCUGUGCGCGGGACGAGCAGAACACGCCCUUCCUGCGGCUCAGCUCCGUGGGGAGCAGCACGGCGUCCACACGCCCCCUGCUGGCCGGCGACAACAUCUUCCAGGACGACCUGCAGACCCUGGCGGUCUGAGAGACCCCUGAACCCUGACCCCUCUCUCACCGCCACCUCAGCAAGUGCCUGCUCCCCCUGAAAAUCCCCCCAUUGCCCCCCCACACCCUGCUUAUUAGGACUACAGUCUGUGUAGUCCCUGCUUAUUAGGACUACAGUCUGCGCAGACUACACAUCGCCUGCUAAUGCCCAUUGUAUUCCACAGCUUUAUCUGAACGAAUAUCGUUUCUGCUAAAAUUCUGGUCAAAAGAUGACCAAUCAGCUCUUCUUGGUUAUGUUAGAAUAAGGCAUUUGAACAUUGAGUCUAUUUAUUUCUUUGUUAAAUCCAUCUGUAUUUGUUUUGUUUUGUUUUGUUUUGUUUAGUUUUUAAGUCUGAGGCUUCCCAUUUCUUCAGUAUUAUUCUAUAACCAUGUGAAGGAUGAGCAUUUAGCAAAAGCUAUGUUUUGGGCCAAAUUUCAGGGAAAACACAGUGGGCCAGAUGCUCAGGGUUUUACGGCUAGUUUCAGGCACCGAUAUGACACCAAAUCAAACCGGCACAGGGGCUGGAAAUGCAGUUUCUCCACAACGGCCAUCAUGGGAGAAUC